GAGUAAACAAAUACAGCUGGCAAUAUCGCAAAAAUAAAUUAACCCCGCCGUCAAAUACAAAUAUUGCGGCUAUACAUUUUGUUGAAGAGUAAACAAAUCCAGCUGAUCUGGAAAUUGUUUAGAUUUCUUGUAAUUUCUAUUAGGGAAAACAUGUCCCUAGGCUAUUCAUUUUUAGGUUGUCCCUUAUUGGUAAACAUCGACAACAAGGAAAUACUUUAUGAAAUUCUAAAUUACUCAGUGGAUGUGCUGCUCGGAAAUAGCGAUGAACACCAAAUGGAAAAACACUGUCAUAAAUAUGGAUUCCAGAAUGUUUACGAUUUUAUGUUGAUGACACGAAAAAUUGCACGCGCUUACAAAUCUCAUUAUGAAAAUGAAAAUUCGACCGAAGCAGAAUUACUUUAUGAAUUUAGCAAUUUAAGUCCGGAAUUUCAACGAUUAGUUCCAACCGUGUAUGAAGCGCGUAAAUCGGAAAUUGAAAAGUUUAUGCUGCAGCUACAUAAUGCUCGGGAAAAUCCUUUAGUGCUUUCGUUCGAUUACGAUGCUCGUGUCGUGCUUGGCGAUAGUAGCUUCGCACAAAACUUUCGAGAGAUACUUAGAUUAUACUUUAAUUGUUGCGAUGAAAAUGGAAAACAAAGUAAUCUACAUUUCGAAAUGGAUUUAAAUAAAUUGAAUGAAUUUAUUGCUGCUUUAGAAGCAGCAUUAGAUAUAGGAGACAAAAAGGAUUUUCUCGAAAAUGUCUGAAACCAAACAUUGUUUUUAUUAAAUUCGUACCAAUCAAUUUAUUGAAAUAUAUAAUGUGCAAAAUAUUAUAAUUAACCUAUAAAUAGUUUAGGAAAUAUAGAAUAGAAAUAGUUUUAAAAUCUAUAACCACGUUUAAAACAAAUUGUUUUUCCCCCACAAAUAUACAAUUUUAAAAAGU